GAAAAUCAGUUAGACCGCAGAUCGCCGCUCGAGCACCACGCUUCAGACUGCGCGUGAGGUGAACUCAAACCCUUUUUCCCGGAGUUGCACUGUGUGUCAGCAAGGGUGGUUUGGAAUUCAUCAGUCUACCAUGGGAAAGAAGUCACUUCGAUCCGAAGGCACGCACGUAUUCCCAUCGGGGAUCAGAGCCGUCAUAAGUAAGGGCCGGACCAGAGCGCACCUCACGGCCGAGCAGAAAAGGAAAACUGAGCUCUGCCGAAACAUUUCUGAGAGCGGAUCGUGCCAGUACGCGGAGCGAUGCCUCUAUGCGCACUCACCCGAUGAGCUCCGACAACGUCCAGUGAAUGCGAAAUUCCGUACGGAUCUGUGUAAAGCUUUCCACGAAGAGGGUUUCUGCGGGUACGGUGCACGCUGCAGCUUUCGGCACGAGGUCCCGAAGAAGCAAAAAGACAUGAUUGAAGAUUCGACGAAGACACUCGAAGAGCUGUACAGGGUUUUGCCGAGGCUUUGGAGAUGGAGGAACGCUUCUAGUAGUCGGUCGAGGAUAUCCACAUUCGCGAGCAAGCAGUUCUCCGAGCCAUUAAACAGCACAAUGGAUAUCAUGGAGCAGUAGCUAGGCUUCUGCCUCUGAUUCCGGAGCGUCGGGAAGCUGAGCCCCGUCAUUCGGAGUCGCGCAGAAGAUCCAAAUUCACGGAUCGUUCGCGUAUCAGAAAAAACUCUAGAUCGGAUCAGCAACGUGGUCAAUGAAUGUACAUGACAGGGACGAGCCUUCCGAGAAUGAUCGAAUAAGUUCAUCCGUUUCGUUCUCGGGUAGUUCUGAACGAUUGUAAACUGUGUUCCUAAACUCUGCCGCAAAUCUCAUAGAUGCAAGGGCGCAUAAAACUGAUUGCGGGACUCCUACCACGAACGGAGCAAAGCAAGCAACGUGGUACAGUGGAGAAUGAGAAGUGCGGGGAAGCAACCGGCUCUCAGCUUGAAGAAUAACAACCUGGGUUCGUUAAAUAAAGUCUUAAGAUGGUUUGAAG